CCAACCCUCAUUCGUCAUGGCUUCCAUGCUAGCCCGUAGUUACAUCGUACUGUAAUUGUUUUAAGGGGGCUUGGCUCGGACGAAAUGCCACUACAAUACCACUAAAAACGUCUCUUCGGACGUCAUGUUAUCCGGUGUGCAUCCAAUUUAACGCUGACGUUGUCCUGCUUAAGUGUACGUGGAACGUGUUAUGGAAGCGAGACAGACACGGGUGGUCUGUGGAGCGGCGGGCUGUCAACGACAAUGUCCUCCUUAGCAGCUCUCUGACGAGCUUAUUGUGGAUGUCGUAGGCCUGGGAUCAGCCUAAAUUUGAAUCAUGCCUGGAAAACUAAAAGCAAAAAUUGUGGCAGGCCGGCACUUGCCUGUCAUGGACAGAGCCAGUGAGCUUACAGAUGCUUUUGUAGAGGUCAAGUUUGGAAACAUAACAUUCAAAACAGACGUAUGCCCCAAAUCCCUCAAUCCACAGUGGAACUCGGAAUGGUUCAAAUUUGAGGUUGAUGAUGAGGACCUGCAAGACGAGCCGCUGCAGAUCACCGUGUUGGACCACGACACAUACAGCGCAAACGACGCCAUUGGGAAGGUUUACAUCGAUAUUGACCCACUGCUGUGCAGUGAGGCCGCCUCAGUCAUCUCCGGCUGGUUUCCCAUCUACGACACCAUCCACGGUAUCCGUGGGGAGAUUAAUGUCCUGAUCAAAGUGGAGCUCUUCAAUGACUUGAACCGCUUCAGACAAUCCUCCUGUGGAGUCAAGUUCUUCUGCACCACCUCCAUACCGCGGUAUUACCGAGCGACAAUGGUCCACGGUUUUGUGGAGGAGCUUGUGGUGAAUGAAGACCCUGAGUACCAGUGGAUUGACCGCAUCAGAACCCCUCGAGCCUCCAAUGAAGCCCGCCAGAGGCUGAUCUCGCUUAUGUCAGGAGAGUUGCAGAGGAAGAUAGGUCUCAAAGUGCUAGAGAUGGGGGGGAACGCAGUGGUGGGCUACUUGCAGUGUUUCGACCUGGAGGGAGAAUCAGGCCUGGUGGUGCGGGCCAUAGGUACUGCCUGCACUCUGGACAAAAUCACCUCUGGAGGCGCUACUGCCACUACUAUCACCGCCGCCACCACACACAUGCACCUGAGCACGGCUCCUGCUUCCAAUGCGUGCAAUUCCCCUUCUAAGGACGGAAAGGAGCCGGUAUUUGGUGAGGACCUUCCCUCGUCACCCGGUCCGCCCACCCCUUUCAGAGCGCUCCCCACUUCCCCCUUCUCCCCCCCCCCUUUCUCGCCCCCUCAAGCCAGCCGCCAGUCCUCAUCAUCAGACACAGACCUCAGUUUGACGCCCAAGACGGAGGAGCCCCAGUCGGUGAGACGCAGGCCAGGCAUCUUCCUCUGCCCGAGCUCCCCUGUGCUCUCUACGUCUUUCUCUAGCUCAGUGGGCGGGGGUGCUUCUGGGUCCGCCACAAGAAACACCAACCUGCCCCUUCCCUCUUCUACCCACUCUGACUCUGCCUUGCUGAGAAAGAGUGUGUCCUUCACGGAGGACUUUCUACUGACGGCGUCCGGAAUGGGCAGCGGGGGCAGUGGCGGCAAGGAGGCGGGGCCCCUGAAGACGCUGCUCAGACAGCAGACGCAGACGGUUCUGGAGCAGAGGGAGUUCCCCUUCUUCACGUUGACGUCUUUCCCAGCUGCCUUUCUGGUCCACGUUGGCGGAGUUGUCAGCGCUCGAUCGGUCAAACUGCUGGACCGCAUACACAACCCCGAUGAGCCAGAGACCCGCGACGCCUGGUGGGAGGAGAUACGACAGGAGAUCAAGUCUCAUGCCAAAGCUCUCGGCUGCCAUGCCGUCGUGGGAUACAGCGAGAGCACCAGCAUCUGCGAGGAAGUGUGCAUCCUGUCCGCAUCUGGCACGGCAGCCAUCUUGAAUCCUCGCUACAUGCGGGAAGGCUGUUUGGACGUAGCAGGCACGGACCACAGGUUUGAGGAGCCAGCUCCCUCAAGUUGCGGCUUCUGUCACAUACCAUACGAUGAGUUCAACAUGCCCUUUCCCGCCCAGCUCACCUACUGCUUCCUCUGCAGACGACAAAAGGUCCCUGAUGUUCUGUUCACAACAAUCGACCUGCCAUCAGAAGCAGCCGUCUCAGGGAAAGGCUGUCUCAUUCAGGCCAGGCUAUGCCGUCUGAAGAAGCGAGCCCAGGGAGAGGUGAACGCCACGGCCAUCUCCAACCUGCUUCCUUUUAUGGAAUACGAACUACACACUCAGUUGAUGAACAAGCUGAAGCUGCGCAGCAUGAACGCUCUGUUCGGCCUUCACAUACAGAUCAGCGUUGGCGAGAACAUGCUGCUGGGUCUGGCUUCCGCCACAGGAGUGUAUCUGACUGCCCUCCCGACACCAGGAGGCAUUCAGAUCGCAGGGAAGACUCCGAGCGACCUGAGCAACGAGCACCACAUGUUGACUAUCCAAAAGAGGAUUAAUGACACCAUCGCCAAGAACAAAGAGCUCUAUCAGAUCACUCUGCCGAAAUUAUUUACCUUGGACCCCGAGGUGCUCGGCGACAUAAACAUGGAGUUUAUAGAGGAAGUGGUGGGCUCUCCCAUCCCCGAGCCCAAACAAAGAACUAGAAUCUUCCGCUCCCACUCAGAAAGCUCAGACGAGCUAUCAGAACUCGACCUCUCUCAUGGGAAGAAGGAUGCUUUUGUCCUGGAGAUUGACGACACCGAUGCCGUGGAAGAUAUUCACUCCCUACUCAUGGAUGCCUCGCCUCCCACGGGGUUCCACAGCUGCAACACUGAAAUCAUGCCUGGGAUUUACAACUGGACCUCGGGAAUACAGAUGUUUACAUCUGUGAGGGUGUUAAGGUUGAGUAAUGCCAAUCUCACCAAUCAAGGCUUGAAUAAGAUCUUCACUGACCUGUGUGAGAACCUGCUGAAGAGUUUGUACUUCAAGUUGCGCUCUAUGAUUCCCUGCUGUAUUUGUCAUCUUAACUUCACCGUUGCAGUACCGGAAGAAGAACUCAUACAAGUUGCUGUGACGGCGGUUGCCAUGACGUUCGACAAGGACCAGACCCAGGAGAAGCCAGUGGAAAAGCCUGUCACCAAAGGGUGCAGUGAGACAGAAGAGCAGCUGCAGUUCCCCUUGGAGCUCUGCGCCGAUUCUCCAUCUGCCAACACUCAGCCACCAUCCAAAACCUCAGGUAUCCCAGCAAAUACCGCUGUGUCAUCCAGAGCUGCCUCCGUUGAUUACGGUUCCUUUGCAGACAGAUGCAGCACCUGGCUAGAGCUGCUUAGGCUGAAAGCUCACACCAUAAGACGAGGAUCAGUUAAGACAAUCUCAUCUCUGGAGCGCUCCAGUCCACUGACCGAGGGCCGGUCCCGCUCGUUGCGCUCCAACCGCUGCUCAUUCGGAGGAAGCUCGGUCACCGUGGUGAAGAUGACGCCACUUUCCUUCCUCCCCGCCACACGGGUGGUUAAAUACUUGGGCAUCAUCAACAUGUUCUUCAUUCGAGAGACCACAUCAUUACGAGAGGAAGGUGGUGUGAGUGGCUUCCUCCAUUCGUUCAUAGCAGAGGUGUUUGCCAUGGUUCGUGCCCACGUCGCAGCUUUGGGUGGGAAUGCUGUCGUGUCCUACAGCAUGAAGGAGUGUGUGUUAAUGGAAAAUCCCAAUAAGAACCAGGCUCAGUGUCUUAUCAAUGUGAGUGGCGAUGCAGUCAUAUGCGUGAGGGAAUCGGAUCAGGAGCCCGCGUCAUCCACGACAAACCUCGGACAAGCAUGCACCAUGGGAAUGGAAGGGGCCACAUGACACCAGCCAUCGAACGCACAUACAUAGUCUAGCCGUCCAAAUGCGAGCAAUCUUUGUCUGCCUUAACUUUGUCAAACAUUUCCAAAGUUCAAAUGCAAGUCAUUAUAAGCAACACAUGCGCACAAAAGAAAAUUACAAAUACUGACAUGGAUUUUUGUCACGUAUUUCCACCAUAAUUGCUUGAAACAAUGGCCAAAGAAGCGCUUAACGUUUACCUGCUUUAACCACCGUCCCCCUCAAGUGUCAGCCCAAAGCCUCCCUAGUAUCGUCCGAGUGUGGUUACCAGCUACAACCACUUUAACAAUCCAGGCAUCUAAAAUGGAGUACAUGCGUACUGAUAUUUAACAUCUUAACUGAUUUUUAGGUGCGAAAACCCCAAACAUGACGAGUAAAAAAAUCAGCAAGCGUGUCCGUUUUGGUUGUGUAGUGUGUGGUGUAUGCAGAUGAGCAACACAGCACAUUAAACACAUACAGUAACAAUAUCUCCAUCGACAAUUGCUAGUCUCCUUACCCAAGCCAAAUACCUGUCAUAGUACAAAGACUAACUUGUGAGAGGCAGCAUGGUGGCAGGACAUCCACACUGCCGAAAUGUAUUGAACAGGUUUAACUUUACAUAUGUUAGCCCUGACCGUUUUCCAAGGGGGUGAAAUCGGGGGUGUUAAAAAAAUAGUCACUCUAUUAACACACCCAACACAACAGGAUGUUUCAGAGACAUCCGAUAAUCGGGCCUUUGCUGACUUGGAUCUGAAGAGGGGGGAAAUGCUCAAAUUUGGUCCAAUUGCUGGUAUGUUAGUGUGCACUGCUUCAGUCAUUGGUCCAAGGGACUCUACAAUAUUUCUAAUGCACUUGGAUUCUCCUUCCGUGUUUUUACCGGUAAUUGUCAACAUUAUUUUUAAAAAGCGACAGUCAUCAGCAUACACAAUUUGCCAAGUCUGUUUUGUUUUGUCUUCAUUAUCAAAGCUUUUCCAGUACAUUAUUGCUCACAGGAAGUGUCACCAACCACAUUUCUUGAUAAUAACCAGGUCACAGCCCCCGUCGUGUCCAGUCAAGUUUGCUGUACCUUAUACAAUGAACAUUUGUUAUGGUUUUACUGCAAAUGGUAAAAGCUUCUAGAUGGUUUGUAUUCAAAUUAACCAUGGCUUAUUAGUAAAGGUCAAAUUCUUUGCCCGGCUUCCAUCACUGCUGUUUUGGUGUCCUAAUCCUGAUACUGAUUUUUGGCUGUGAUGUUGAUUCAUGAUGUUCAGUGCUGGAAGUAAUUUAGAUUUGUUUCCCCCCAUAUGUAUAGAUAUACAGGCUGUAAAUUUGCUUUCUAAUCAUUAUUUUUUUUUUUUUGUAAGUGCAAUAAAUGCUCGUUUGGAAUUCGUGGUACUAUAAAUCAGUUUUUUUGUUGUUGUGACAAACGGGUUGUGAUCUAUUUCCUGUGUUUGUGUCCAAACUUGAAUGUGCUAGGAGCAUGCAGACCAAAUUUGUAUCGCCAUGAACUUGUAAUGCUUGCCUGGGUAAGACUUGCACAAUAAACUCAGUCAAACCAA